AUCGGCGAGACUUUCGUUCAAACGUACGUCCUUCGUCAUGUAAGGGAGAUAAUUGUAUUCAUAAAGGCCUAAACUAUCUUAUUUAUUAAGUUUUUCUUUUAAACCACGAGCUGUAUUCGCCUUUUCGUAAUGAGGUGCGCGGAAAGAGAUGCGCAGAAACGGGAAACCAUUGCUACUUCCUGUUUACAUUUCGCGAACAUGGCUGAAACAUCUACUCCAUCUGUGUUCUCGCGAAAUCUGCAAUGCGUACCAGAUAUUUCUUUCAAAGAAAUUGAAUUAUUUAGUUCCAGAAGCUCGGCAAAACGCAAUCACGAGCGUGGAUACAAUUAUUUCGCCGAGAAAUAUAUAUUCGACGUUCGGGUUGCACCGAAUACCAACAACGAUGGGUGUCGAGCAACAUCUCGAUGCUACAGGUCAUACACGAAAAGUGGAAUUCCCCACACACUUGAAGUCUCAAUAAGUGCCACAAAAGCAAUCUCUAAUGGAUGCUGCACGUGUGCUAAUGGGCAAAGUGGGCACUGUGGACACAUUGUGGGCUUGCUCUACCAGCUUGCUCACUUUAAGAUAACAGGAGCAAACUACAUUCCUGAGGAUGCUGCAAAAACAUCACUGCCCCAGACAUGGCACAUCCCCAGAGGAGAAAAGAUAAGAGGGGAGGCAGUGGAUGAAAUCAAAAUCCACAGUUUUAAGUCUGACAAGAAGUCAGACCGUAGUAUUUGUAGUACAUACAGGUACAAUCCAUUGUCUUCAGAGUUUCCAUCUGCCCUUCACCUUGUUGAGAGUUUAAAAGCUGCCACAGCUAAUUUCCAAGCCUUGUCUAAAAGACUUAAAUCUUCAAAGACAAGAAUGACACAGGCCAUGAAAGAUGGCAUUAAAAAUGAGCCUCUGGCAGCUGAGGCAUACAGUAAUAUGAAGGGAAAUACUGUCAACCUGUAUCCAGCAGGAAUUAUCAUACACCCAGAUGCAUUCUGGUUGGCAGCAAGUCCAGAUAGAAAAGUGUAUGACCAGUCCAGAACACAAGAUCCCUUUGGACUGUUAGAAAUAAAGUGUCCAAGCAUGUCCACAAGAAGAUCACUUGAGGAACUACCCUAUUUGGAAGAAGUCAAUGGAAAGCUUCAGCUUAAAAGAAGUGACCGUUACUAUUAUCAGAUACAAAUGCAGCUGGCUGUAACAGGUCUAGAAUGGUGUGACUUUUUUGUGUGGUCCGUAGAUGCUUGCCACCUGGAGACAAUAAACUUUGAUCAAAAUUUCUGGAAUGGGGUAAAAAAUGCAGUUGAUACAUUCUUUUUUACCUAUCACCUAUAAGAAAACAGCUGGUUUCCGUGUUGAUCUUUCUCGAUAUCAUCCACUGGUAGUAUACCAUAGCCUACAUUUCUUGAUCAGGAUCAUCUGAGGCAUUGGGUGCAUAUUUGGUGACAAGAGGAGGGUUAAAGUUUGUAAGGAGAACAGCUACAGUCCAUAACUGAUUCAAGCUACCACAUAAGGUCAAAGGAAUCUUUCCGUGAAAAAGCCUUAUACUCUUUGACUCUGCGGAUUGCUCGCUCCACAUGUACUCGUAGUGAACUGAUACUUUGGUUGGCUGUGACUUCACUUUCAGAAAACUGACCCUUUCCUGAUAAAAAAGCAGGCAUGUUUAAUGAAAUAUUUUUCUUUGCCAGGAUAUUUUGUAUGUUGAAACCUUGUCGCUCAUUACAG